ACGUCGAGCUGUUCCAAUCAAUAUCUACGUUGUACCUAAAAGCGAAGCUGAAAAAGAAAGGUCAUUCCCUUGUGAUUUACAGAGGAUCUUGCUUUCAAGAUCAUUAGGCAUGGCACACUCCAUUUUGCCUUGCCACUUUCGUGAUGGUUUCCGUCAACCAGCGACAGAACCACACUGGACGAUACGGGAUGAGGAUGAUGGUAUUACCUAUGAACCUCCUCCUAGCACAGAGAUUGUGACUUCUACUUGUCAUAACGACUUGGGUAUCAAUGUUCUUCGUACAUGGCCCACUCUAUACGAUGGCACAGCUUCUCCCCACGGCAUACCUGAAUGGUGGAAUCCGCCUUCAAAAGUCGAUGUUCUAAUAGUUGGAGCGGGACCCAGUGGUCUAGAAGCCGCAUUAAGUCUCAUUCGGCAGGGUCUGACUUUUCGUAUUAUCGAUAAAGCACCACACCCACUCAUUGCUGGUCGGGCAGACGGAGUUCAACCUCGAUUUCUAGAGACCCUUGCAACAUGGGGUCUAGCUCAGGAAGUUCAUGAAGAAGGUCCACUUAUUGAGCGAACCGCAAUCUACUAUAAUGGGGAACUUCUCCAUCACGGCAGGUCUCACCAGUCAGACUCGCGGUAUCGAGGUCUUCAUAUUAUCACGCAAGGUCAAAUUGAGAGAAUCUAUGUUCGUGAUCUCCUCAGACACCGUAUGCUUGUGGAACGUAAUACGACCUUGAAAGAAUUUUACGUUGAUCCCGAGCUAUCAAAGACGGUGUCACCAAAUGCAUAUCCAGUCCGCGCGGUGAUUGAAAACAGUGUGAACGGCAAACAGGAAAAUAUUGAGGCUAAAUACUUAGUCGGCAGCGAUGGCGCAUCAAGCUCGAUUCGCAAGAGAUUGGGUAUUCCUUUCGAUGGUGUGAGCACAAAUAUCUAUUGGGGUAUCAUGGACUGUGUGUUUGAGACAGAUUAUCCUCACGCAUGGAUUUUUGGAUCCGUUGUUAGCUCUGAGCACGGAGGAUGUGUGAUUAUACCUCGGGAAAAUGGUUACAUUCGUCUAUAUACCCAGCUAGAUGUGUCUAGUACGGGUUCCCUUGCACAAUCUCGACAAGAGCGCGACGCUACCUUCGCAGAAGCUGGAGGACAGGUUAACAUACACUCGAUAACGCCGGAGGAAGUUCUCGAACAAGCGAAUCGUAUCUUCUCUCCGUAUAAGCUUAAAUUUGGUGCACCCCUAAGUUGGUUUGCAAUUUGGAAAAUCAGUGAACGAGUUGCCAGAUCUUUUUCUUCGGAUGAUCUAAGAGUGCAUUUAGCAGGAGAUGCUGCACACGUGCACAGUGUAAUGGGAGCUUUUGGUCUCAAUGCAUCCAUCCUAGAUGCAGCGAAUCUGGCUUGGAAACUGGGCAUGUCAGUAAAGAACCAAGCUCAAGCCAAUCAGCUGCUGCGCACCUAUGACCAGGAACGACGACUGCACGCAGCGCACAUCAUCGAAACUUCUGGGAAGUAUCUCCGAUUUGUCUGCAAUUCUGCCUUGCCGACAGCUCGACUAUACCAUCUUGGGGCCGAUUUGGGCAUAAAUGGUUCGUCUGGAUUUGAGAAAUUUUUCAGCACUUCUGAAAAUAAGCCGAAUGGUUCAGAUUAUCAUUCUGAAGAUAUGAAUCACUUGAAUGAUAAGAAGUCUAACGGAACGCUCAUGAAAGACUUGAAUGGCACGACUCAAAAUGGCGUUGACGGCAGCGAGCAGCACGCUACAUAUUCGAAGAAAAUAUUCUUCGAGUCUCCCAAGAAAGCUAAAGAAUUCAUCCAUCAAUUCUUUGCUCGACAUGGGCCGUUUCUUCUCGGUGUGGACAGUCCAUAUGGUAUUAGUUGUAUUAACCCAGGUGAGACAAAACUUGCUUCUCCAAAGGGAUCCGCUGUACAAGUCCGUAAUGGUGUACGUGCGCCAAAUCCCAGAGUUUGCUUUGACGUCGGCCAUACUGGCUAUCUCUAUGAUAAAUUCGAAGGUUCUAGUCGAUUUCAUUUGGUGGUCUUCGGCUGGGAUGCACUCGGGGUAGUUCGUCAGCAGUUGAGUAAAUUUUCUCAGGCAUUAUCUUCCUCUGCAUCCGACAGUUUCUUUAACAGGUAUGGCGGACGUGAGCUGUUUGAUAUUGUCUUUGUCGUCAAAGGAGUUCUAUGGCAAGUUGAGAAACAGCUCGCUGCCGAUGAGUCCAUGACAGACUUAAAACACCAUUCAACUGUGGUUUUCGAUGAUCGACCUCCUGAUGAAGACGCUCACAAUACAUGGGGCGUGAAUAACCGCACAGGAGCUGUAGUUGUUGUUCGACCUGACCUCUGGGUUGGGUUCAGCUGUGCGCCUCAAGAUGUCGACGAGCUCAACAGGUACUUCGAUGGCUUCUUAGUACCUAAAUAACAUCCUUCAGUACACGAAACGGUCUUCGGACUUUAUUUGCAAGUCCUGCUGAAUAUCGGAAUGACGCAAGUAGUCUUAGCGAGCGUAUUUCGAAGCGCACCCAUGAUACUAUUACUGAUCACAACUUGCAUAUGUAAUUUGUCCUUUGUUUAAGAAACUCUUUCAAUCUA